UUUGUGAAUAGCCCUUAAAAUUGAAGUUUUCAUGUUCAGUGAAAUAUAAACUGAAAUUCAAUUGAAAAAAGUUUUCACAACUCUUUGGACAAUGAGUUUACCGCUGAAGCAGAUAAAGAGCAUAGACUGCAAACAGGGAGCCGUUCGCGCCGUUAGAUUCAACGCUGAUGGAGACUACUGCAUGACCGGUGGAAGUGAUAAGAGUCUAAAGCUAUGGAAUCCAUGGAAAGGACUACUAUUGAAGACAUACAACGGUCACGGGUAUGAAGUGAUAGACUGUCGGGGCUCUUGUGAUAGCAGUCACAUAGUUUCGGGAGGAAUGGAUAAGACAGUGAUGGUGUGGGACGUGUCGACGGGAGAGCCGUUGCGUCGAUACCGGGCCCACGCGGCCACUGUCAACGCCGUGGCCUUCAACGAGGACUCGUCGGUCAUAGUGUCUGCCUCUGUCGACGGAACCGUCAAAUUGUGGGACUUUAAGAGUCGCUCCAAAGAAGCCAUUCAAGUGUUAGAUGAGGCCAAAGACAGUGUCUCAUCGGUGGUCGUCAACGACCAACAGAUAGUGUCGGCGUCUCUCGACUGUGCCGUUCGGACCUAUGAUAUCAGGAAAGGGAUCAUGAAUUGCGACCGAACUGAUGCUUCUGUGAGCAGUGUUAGUCUGACACGAGACGGACAAUGCCUUCUAAUUAGUUGUCUUAACGAUACAAUCAAACUAUUGGACAAAAGCAAUGGUGAAGUACUGGCGCUAUACAGCGGUCACUCAAACAGCAAAUACCGAAUCGACAGUUGUUUGACAGCCAAUGACUCAGUGGUUCUCUCCGGCUCUGAAGAUGGAUCAGUCUUUUGUUGGAAUCUAAUUGAGACUACAAUCACCGCAAAGAUUCCUCACGAAAAGCAUAGAGUUGUGCACUCCUUGAGCUCACAUCCCAGUGCUAACAGACUGUUGACUGGAGCCGAGAGUAAAAUAUAUUUGUGGUCUGACGAAGACAUUGAGACAGAGGACGACAUAUGA